UGUAUUUAAAGUAUGCCGGAUGUAAUAUCAGCUUGUUUUGGUUAAAAUUUCCGUGCUUAGAGGAUUAUAUGAAAAUAUUAAGUACACAUGGCUUCCUACUCUUCUUCAUAUUUGCAAAGAAAUUCAAUUGAGAAAUGUUUGGAACGUUUGUCAGAGUCUGUGUUUGUCGGACUCUGUAAAAUAGUGGGAACUUCAGAAGUAGUGUCCAUGAGGAGGGAUGUUGUAGACAUCCGUGAGAUGAUUAUAAAUGAAGAAAAUACAAAAAGGGGCGCUAUCGAGAUGUUAAGUGGAAGUUUCAGAGAAGGAUUCAGAUUAGGGGGAUCUGAUAGAGACUUUGUGUGCUGGUCAGCUGAUUAUCAAGUGAUUUGGGACGAAUCUCAUUUACAGUAUUACAAUGAACAAAAUCAAAUAUUGAUUGUUUCAGAUGAUUCUGAUAGCCCGCCAGAAUUCACUUUGUUAUGGCUUCCGAAUAAUCGAAAGAUAGAUAUUAGAAUUCUGUUCUCAUGUGUAGUGAUAAAGAAUAAACUUUAUAUAUCUAGCUUAAAAUGUAGACAAAUAAUGCCUUCAUAUGGUAUUGGAAAUCCUAUCAUCCAUGGUCCCUGCAAAAGUGGAACUUUACAUGGAAUUAUUGAAAUUGAUGUGGCCCACGCCUUUCACAGCAGAUCCUGGCCUCCAUCAGCCUCCUCAUGGGUAAGUAGAUGUCGGACAUGGCCCAAACCCCAUGUGGUUCACGAUAUUGUCAAAAAAGGGUGCCACUUUGUUGCAAUAGGACACAGCCUUGGAAAUCAUGUAGAUAAAGAAUGGAGGAUAUCUUUCUCGCUGGCAGAAAAACAACUUGUAUAUUCGAUGAACCAUUGUCAGUUUUUAAUUUAUGGUUUACUGAAACUGUUCCUUGAGGAGGUAAUUAAUAAUGGCUUAAACAGUGAAGAUAAAAUACUGUGUUCUUAUCAUAUGAAGACAGCCGUUUUCUGGGCGAUUCAACAAAACAAAAUAUCUCACUGGAGCCCCCAAAAUCUCCUGCAGUGUUUCUGGGUUUGCUUCAAACUUAUUCUCAAAUGGGUGUGUGAGGGAGUGUGUCCUAACUUUUUAACCUUUGACACAAUACCAUCUUGCCACAUUGCAGGAUCAUACAUGCCGUAUUCUUUUAACUGAUGCUUUUAUUUUACACAACAUGUACAUCGACAGAGGUGGUAACAAGCAGAAGUACAUUACUGAAAAGAUUUCGUGUAACAUGCUCAAAUUAGCAGCAAGGUUUGGUUGUAUUUCUCAAGUGUUGUAUUUAGCAAUGUAUUAUUACAAGACAUUCAGGUACACAGAAGCUUUGUCUAUUAUAGAGAUGACUAAGGUCAAGUUAUCACAGCCACAUGUGAUUUAUAUACCACAUAUAAGGGAUAGAGAGAAUUACACUCAAAUUGUAGGAGGGAAAUCUUGGUCUACAAAAUUGAGAGAAGGCAUGGCGGGAAAAAUCACCCUUUUUAAAAAUACCGUUUAUAUCAAUGAACUAUUCAUAGAACUGUCUGGAUCAAACUUAGAAAUUCAACCUUUUGUGUUGCUAUACAUGCUAGAAAUUUUGUGCUACAUUCAUGUUGAUUCAACGAGAGUACAAACAGCUUUGAAUGUCCUUUGGAACAGAAUUAAAAAUAACUUUAUCGAUGAUGUAGUGUAUGGAGACAUUUCAUGGCAGAUCUUAGGAAUUUGUUACUACAUGACAGGGAACUUCAAGACUGCAUUUUACGCUUUCCAAAAAUCACUCAGACAACCUCAAUUUAAUCGAAUACAGACUGCUACAAUUAUCAGAAUUAUAAUAUUAAUCUAUCAAUUUUUCUAAUAAGUAAAACACACAUAAAACAUUAUCACCAUAAUCUGUAAAAAGGUCACGUGGGAUAACCAGCUGCUCUUUUGCUGAUCGGACCCACCAACAAAUGGGAUAUUGCAUUGAUAAAAUGAACAGAGUUCAAUAGUAUUUGGAAUGAAUUUUACAUUGUUUUAUCACACAUUUACAGAAUUACAGUAAGAAAAUUUCAGUAUAUGUGUUGAGUUGACUUUUAUGAGAAAUAGCUUGAAAUAACAAUAAAAAUGAGUUAUUUGUGUUGAA